AGGAGCUUUGGUCAAUUCAAGAUAAAACACUUCCACUUGGAUCUAAGCGUAGACUUCGAGAAGAGAACUUUGAGAGGAACUGAAACGCUUCAGCUGAAAUGCAUCCAAGAUUCUCAAAGCGAGUUACUGUUGGACAUUCACCCCUCUCUCUCAAUGCAAGAGGUGUCCUACUGCCGAAGUGAAGAUGAUUCGGAUUUGGUUAAAGUAGAAUUUCUCACGCGCAACUUCACCACUUAUGGCACCACCCUGGUUGUAAAUGUCCCAUCACCAUGUAUAAUUGAGGAGUUUCGAUUAGUGGUCAAGUAUGUUGCCUCCGAUGGACCAGGGGUAAGAGAACGUCAUUCACCCGUCCUAACUAGAACCAAUCUACCUAUCAACCACGGAAGUAGACCUGUUAUUUAGAGAUGAUUGGUUCCUCAGAAAUUAUUUCUAUAGAGUCCCACGGUGAAGGAAUCACAAUACCCAUAAAACCUAGUGAUCAAACGGAAAUGGUUCCAAUCGUUUUUCUACCAUUCAUUUCCCCCAUAGGGAAUUUUAGAAACACUUAAAAUAAGGGCAGUGUUUUGUGUCGGCUUACCCUGGCGUGACGUUUUGAUAACCAUGUGACAAGGUGACAUGUCAAUAUAUUAAUCUCAAUUUACUCUGAUUCGAAAAUGCUAAUUAGCGUCAAAGUAGACAUCAUGCAAGAUUACAAAUCCCUGCAAGCUCCUGCACGUCAUCUCUAGCUGACACCUUUGCUAACAGGUAUUGUGUCAAUUUAAAACUUGCACAAGACAGUUCACAGAAUUGUCAAUUUAAAGAAAUGUAGCCAAUUUCUUCGUUACUAAAUUUAUGUACACAUUAGAUAGUUAAUCCAGAGAUUCUUACAUUUGCCUCGAUUCGUCAGUCUCGUCCAGAUCAUAAUGGCAUUUAUACACUGAACAAAAAUAUAAAUGCAGCAUGCAACAAUUUCAAAGAUUUUACUGAGUUACAGUUCAUAUAAGGAAAUCAGUCAAUUGAAAUAAAUUCAUUCGGCCCUAAUCUAUGGAUUUCACAUGACUGGGAAUACAGAUAUGCAUCUGUUGGUCACAUAUACCUUUAAAAAAAGAAAGUAGGGCCGUGGAUCAGAAAACCAGUCAGUAUCUGGUGUGACCACCAUUUGCCUCAUGCAGCGCGACACAUCUCCUUCGCAUAGAGUUGAUCCGGCUGUUGAUUGUGGCCUGUGGAAUGUUGUCCAACUCCUCUUCAAUGGCUGUGUGAAGUUGUUGGAUAUUGGCAGGAACUGGAACACGUGGUCGUACCCGUCGAUUCAGAGCAUCCCAAACAUGCUCAAUGGGUGACAUGUCUAGUGAGUAUGCAGGCCUUGGAAGAACUAGGAAAUGUUCAGCUUCCAGGAAUUGUGUACAGAUCUUUGCAACAUGGGGCCAUGCAUUAUCAUGCUGAAACAUGAGGUGAUGGCGGUGGAUGAAUGGCACGUCAAUGGGCCUCAUGAUCUCGUCACGGUAUCUCUGUGCAUUCAAAUUGCCAUCGAUAAAAUGCUAUUGUGUUCGCUGUUCGAAGCUUAUGCCUGCCCAUACCAUAACGCCACCGCCACCAUGGGGCACUCUGUUCACAACGUUGAUGUCAGAAAAGCGCUCACCCACACAACGGCAUACAUGCUAUGCUGUCUGCCAUCUGCCCGGUACAGUUGAAACCGGGAUUCAUAUGUGAAGAGCACACUUCUCCAGCGUGCUAAUGGCCAUCGAAGGUGAGCAUUUGCCAACUAAAGUCUGUUACGAUGCCAAACUGCAGUCAGGUCAAGACCCUGAUGAGGAUGACCAGCACGCAGGUGAGCUUCCCUGAGAUGGUUUCUGACAGUUUGUGCAGAAAUUCUUCAGUUGUGCAAACCCACAGUUUCAUCAGCUGUCUGGGUGGCUGGUCUCAGAAGAAGCCGGAUGUGGAGGUCCUGGCUAAAUUACACAUGGUCUGCGGUUGUGAGGCCGGUUGGACGUACUGCCAAAUUCUCUAAAAUAACGUUGGAGGCGGCUUAUGGUAGAGAAAUGAACAUUCAAUUCUCUGGCAACAGCUCUGGUGGACAUUCCUGCAGUCAACAUGCCAAUUGCACGCUUCCGCAAAACUUGAGACAGCUGUGGCAUUGUGUUGUGACAAAACUGGCCUUUUAUUGUCCUCAGCACCAGUGUAAUGAUCAUGCUGUUUAAUCAUCUUCUUAAUCAGCUUCUUGAUAUCUGUCAGGUGGAUGGAUUAUCUUAACAGAGGAGAAAUGCUCACUAACACGGAUGUAAGCAAAUUUGUGCACAACAUUUGAGAGAAAUAAGCUUUUUGUGCAUCUGAAAAAUGUCUAGUGUCUUUUAUUUCAGCUCAUGAAACAUGGGACCAACACUUUACAUGUUGCAUUUAUAUUUAUGUUCAGUAUAGUUCUUUAUGAUAGCAGCAAAUUAGCGUUAAAUUUUUUGGGGUUAAAUACAGGUGAAUAUAUUGAUAAAAGUCACCUUGUCCUAGAGAGAUUUACAUGGUUAUCAAAACAUCAUGCCAGGGUAAGCCUAUGUGAAACAAAGCCCUUAUUUUCAUUGUUUCUAAAAUCCCCUAUGGGAAAAAUGAAUGGUGGAAAAAACUGGAACCAUUUCCUUGUUUGACCGCUAGGUUUUAUGGGUAUUUUGACUCAUACUGUUGUACUCUAUUAGAACCUCCUUAUAGCUCAGUGAUUAGAACCUACAAUCCCUGGUAUUCAACUGGGGGUACUGCAGGCAGUCCGCAAAUUUUGUUUUGUUUAAAUAAAUAAAAUAAAUAUAAUAUUUUAAAAUGUUUUUAUGAAUAUCGCUAGCAACAACAGAAUAAACUAAUUGUGAAUUACAUACCUACAGUAGAAAAGAGGAGAAUAUAUUAUUUCUAAUGAUGUUAACUUUAUUUCUCAACUCCUAAUAUUGAGCAAAUUACACUCAUUGAAGCCAAUUACACUUAGUGGUAUAUCUGACAUAGGCUUUGAAAAAACACCCGCAAAAGGUUACCAGUGCAGCAAGUGCCGCUGGCUGCUUUAAGCGUUCUUGACUUGGACAUUCAUUUUUGCCAACACAUGGCUAACCUUUGUUUAAACAGCUGCUCUUAGCUAAAAUGUUUUUGGAGUUACCUUUCAAGCUAAUAGGCUGUGUUACAGUUGACACUUCCUCUUCCAGUUAUAAUGUGGGAAGGUCAAAAUAAUGAAAAACUAUCUACCAAAUCUAUUCAUUGCGAUGUUGAUUACUUCUCCUUGCCAUUAUUAUUCACCUGAUGAUAAGAUGUGAAAAUGUGCUAACGUAUGAUGGGGGUCCCUGGGCCGCCGGUUUGCCUGGGAGGGGGUCCCUGGGCAAGAAACUGUUGAACACCCCUGCUGUAACCCAUACAGUAAAGAUUAUUGAAAACCUUUUUCUUUUGAAAUUAGAUCAACUAGGUUGUCUAUGCGUUAAUAAUUUAUAGCCAGCAGCAUUGCAUGAUUUUAGUUUCACUUAAUUUCUUGCAAGUAUUUUUUAUGUGCAACACGAGUGCCUAUUCAUGAAAAAACAGUGGUUCUCCCUAAACCACUGCACCACCCUUAUUAAACCCAGCGUACAUCUGUAGAUGUCAUGGCUGGAGCCUGCCCAGGCUGGCGAGAAGAAGGAGCCCUUGAUUGAGAGCCCCUACUCAUCUGCUGUGAAGGUAACGUGUGCCCCUACCAUCACACUCAAGCCCUGGUCUCUCUGCCCCCCCUGACCCACUAGGUGUGCUGGCUGGAAUCAGAGCAGACGGCUUGGAAAGCCAAGCCCUACAUCUUCACCCAGGGCCAGGCCUUGGAUGCUGAACUGUCUAAAUCUCUUUACAGUUUGCCAAGUUUUUUUAGGCCAAGUAAGGAGCAUAUUUUGAUAGUGUCAAGUAUUCUGCUUCUAGUAGUGCUCUUGUCCUUCUAGACCUGUCUGCUGCCUUUGAUACUGUGAACCAUCAGAUCCUCCUCUCCACCCUCUCCGAGCUGGGCAUCUCCGGCGCGGCUCACUCUUGGAUUGCGUCCUACCUGACCGGUCACUCCUACCAAGUGGCGUGGCGAGAAGCUGUCUCCGCACCACGUGCUCUCACCACUGGUGUCCCCCAGGGCUCAGUUCUAGGCCCUCUCCUAUUCUCGCUAUACACCAAGUCACUUGGCUCUGUCAUAUCCUCACAUGGCCUCUCCUAUCAUUGCUACGCUGACGACACACAACUAAUCUUCUCCUUUCCCCCUUCUGAUAACCAGGUGGCGAAUCGCAUCUCUGCAUGUCUGGCAGACAUAUCAGUAUGGAUGACGGAACACCACCUCAAGCUGAACCUUGGCAAGACGGAGCUGCUCUUCCUCCCGGGGAAGGACUGCCUGUUCCAUGAUCUCGCCAUCACGGUUGACAACUCCGUUGUGUCCUCCUCCCAGAGUGCGAAGAGCCUUGGCGUGACCCUGGACAACACCCUGUCGUUCUCCGCUAACAUCAAGGCGGUGACCCGAUCCUGUAGGUUCAUGCUCUACAACAUUCGGAGAGUACGACCCUGCCUUACAAAGGAAGCGGCACAGGUCCUAAUCCAGGCACUUGUCAUCUCCCGUCUGGAUUACUGCAACUCGCUGUUGGCUGGGCUCCCUGCCUGUGCCAUUAAACCCCUACAACUCAUCCAGAAUGCCGCAGCCCGUCUGGUGUUCAACCUUCCCAAGUUCUCUCACGUCACCCCGCUCCUCCGCACACUCCACUGGCUUCCAGUUGAAGCUCGCAUCUGCUACAAGACCAUGGUGCUUGCCUACGGAGCUGUGAGGGGAACGGCACCUCCGUACCUUCAGGCUCUGAUCAGUCCCUACACCCAAACGAGGGCAUUGCGUUCAUCCACCUCUGGCCUGCUGGCUCCCCUACCUCUGCGGAAGCAUAGUUCCCGCUCAGCCCAGUCAAAACUGUUCGCUGCUCUGGCACCCCAAUGGUGGAACAAGCUCCCUCACGACGCCAGGACAGCGGAGUCACUCACCACCUUCCGGAGACAUUUGAAACCCCACCUCUUUAAGGAAUACCUGGGAUAGGAUAAAGUAAUCAUUCUACCCCCCCCCUUACCCCAACCCAUCCCCCCCCCCAAAAAAAAAAAAAAAAACAUUGUAAAGUGGUUAUCCCACUGGCUAUAAGGUGAAUGCACCUUUUUGUAAGUCGCUCUGGAUAAGAGCGUCUGCUAAAUGACGUAAAUGUAAAUGUAAAUGUGGUCCUCUGUAGCUCAGUUGGUAGAGCCUGGUGCGUGUUACGCCAGGAUAGUGGAUUCGAUUCCUGGGACCACCCAUACGUAUAAAUGUAUGCAAGUGUGACUGUAAGUCGCUUUGGAUAAAAACAUCUGCUAAAUGGCAUGUAUUAUAGACCUGAGGUUACGUACAGGACAGUCAAUAUUCCUCUCCUGUCAAAAGCAUUUAUCGAUACCAUAACCUGGGUGUGUUGAUCAUUGAACCACAACAUGCAAUCUCAGUUUCAGACUGAAUAGAGAGAUGAGAAUCAAAUAGCAGGAUGAAAGUUCAACUUCAAUGGACUUUGAACUUGAGUAAAAACUGCACUUUCCACUUAGAGGCUAUAUAAUGCUGCUGAAGAAUAUGCACGAUAGUGUUUGCCUAUGGCGUUUCAAUACCUGGUAGUCAUUGUAAUUCUGUAUUUUUUAGGACCCGAGUGUGGACAGAGCCAUGCCUGCUGCAGGCAGCCAAGCAGGAGUAUGACAGAGUCAUCGAGGAGUUCCUGGUCGUUGGGGAGAAACUAUUUGGACCCUACAUCUGGGGAAGGUGAGAUUCCCCAAUAAACAAUAUGUCCAAUACUUCAGUGGUCAGUCAACAACCCUGGUUCUGAAGAGCUACAGCGUGUGGAUUUUGUUCCAGCACUGGACUAAAACACCAGACCUGACAACAGCUCAACAAGAAUUUGAUUAGUUGAAAAGUCAAUGCACUCUGUAGCUCUUUCGAUGACUAGGGAUGGUGACCACCGACUUGGAGCUUGCAGUGACAUGACUUCUUCUGCUUAUAGACAUACAGCUACAUCAUUGGUUCUGCCCGUCAGGUAUGACGUGCUGUUCAAGCCGCCGUUGUUCCCCUUCGGGGGUAUGGAGAAUCCCUGCCUCACCUUCAUCACCACCUGCAUCCUGGCCGGAGACCGCUCGCUUGCUGACGUCAUUGUGCACGAGAUCUGUCACAGCUGGUUCGGUAACCUGGUAACCAAUGGCAACUGGGGCGACUUCUGGCUCAACGAGGGCUUCACCAUGUACGCCCAGCGCCGGGUGUGCAGGGAGCACUACGGUAAGAUACUGUCAAUUUAAUAAAUCACAUUUAUUUUAUAAAGCCUUUUCUAUAUCAGCACAGUACAUCACUUUGUCAAAGUGUUUUGCAGUAGACUGUAGACUGACUUUGCCUCACAUAGUAUGAUGGGCUCAUCCUCAAGUCCCACAACUUUUUCCAUUUGAAAGUUAACAGGGGUUGUCUACACAGCUAUUUGUUUUUUGUCUCCAAAGUAAACGUGCACACCUGGCUGUAUUAUCUCUUUCAAAGCCCUGAUGUGUAUUGGGUUGUUGUUAUUUGCAGGAGAGGCCUACUCUAGUCUGGAGGCAGCGACUGGGAGGGCUUUACUCAGACAACACAGCAAAGGACCACCCACUCAACAAACUGCAUGUGAAGAUCAAACCAGGUCAGACUUGGCUUACAUUUACCCUUUACUGCUAAGGCCAUGUCCAAUUUAAUUAGUAGUUCAACCGACUGAGAUUUUGCCUUAAGCUGCAGACCCAAAAUAACUGAUACACUCGAUCACGACUACUCAAGUUAAAGCAACAAAUGUCAUCUGUAUUUUCUCCCCUCCCUCCGGUGUUUACCCUGAUGACACCUACAAUGACACGUCCUAUGAGAAGGGCUUCUGUUUUGUCUCCUACCUGGCCCACCUGGCUGGCGACCAGAGUUGUUUCAAUGCCUUCCUCAACGUUACUGUUACUUUUCAUUCUGUAUAUAUUACUGUGCUACUCAUCAGUAAACACACUAAGAAUGUCUGCUUGAUAGAACAUUUUUUAAAGGUUAUUACAUAAGCACCAUCCCUCUCCUGACUGUCCUACUUGACAGAAAUGAAGGCUUCUUGCACGUAGUAGGCUAUUUUGCAGAGAGUACAUGGGAGGGUAUGAGGGCAACAGUCUGACAUGUGGGUGUUUCUUCUCACAGGCCUAUAUUGACAGGUUCAAGUUCCACAGUGUUAUGGCAGAGGAUGCCCUGGAGUUCUUCCUGGAGUAUUUCCCUGACCUGAAGAAGAAAGGAGUGCACAAGAUUGAGGGUAAAAGGCAGUGUAGUUGACUGUAGACCGUGUCUUUAAGCAUGAGAGUGAGCUUGUAACAGCAAACUGACCUCUCACUCUCCCUGUGGUUCCUUUGCUAGGUCUGGAGUUUGAUAGCUGGCUCAAUGUGCCUGGUUGGCCUCCCUAUCUCCCUGACUUGUCGGCUGGCCAGAGCCUGAUGAAGCCUACUGAGCAGCUGUCAGAGCUGUGGGCUGUCGAGGGCCUGGAUAUGGCCAGCAUCAAGAAGACCAACAUCCAGGCUUGGAAGACUUACCAGACUGUCUAUUUCCUGGAGAAGAUCAUAGAGAAGUCCCCACUUCCUAGAGGUAGGACACGAUGGUAGCAACACUUCUGCACUGAUACCCCUAGCACUAUCAUUGUACUGGAUAUACAUGUGAUUUACCAGUAUGUGAUUCACCCCAAUUCAUCAGUGUGCGGAUAUCUAUCUAUUCUUUAUUUCAUUACUUUAUGUUUUGUACAUUGCACCUGUAAGUCUGGAUGUGCGUAAAGUACUUUUAAAAUUAGUCACACCAAUCAUGUACCUUCACUCUUACUUUGAUAAGGUAAUAUGGAGAAACUGGAGGAGCAGUACCCUCACAUCAUAAGUCAAACAACGCUGAGCUACGACUGCGCUGGGCCCAGAUAAUUUCCAAGAAUCAGCACCAGCCAGGAUAUCAACAUGUGCGCAGCUUACUCAGCUGCCAGGUUAGAAAAACAAAUGCAUUUGGUCCUCAACCAUCAAUUACAGUAUUUGUCAAGCAAGUGUUUUAGGCCAGUUUAAUGUUUUAUUAUAGUAAAUAUAAUGUAUAUAUUUAUGAUAUAGCAGAUGUUUGUUUUUUUGUGUCAGUUUAAAGUUAAAUUAGUGUUUUUCAAGUAUCUUAAAAGAUCAUGUAAAUAGUAGUAUCUUAGCAAUAAUAUAUGAAUAAAUAGAUAGUUUCAUUGUAUCUUGCUCCCAGGGGAAACAGAUGUACACACUGCUUGUGUACCGUGCACUGUGGAAUGGAUCGGAGGAGACCAGGGCUCUGGCCACAGAGAUCUUCAGUGCCACCUCACAUCAGCUCCACGUAAAUGUCCGCAACUACGUCAAGAAGAUCAUCGCCUGA